UUGUCUGGGGACACUUGAGGAAAUUGAGGACAUUAUUUCUCUUACUCUCCAUGCCUUCUUUUGCGUUUUUAUCGGGCUUCCUUUUUUGUUUUCCUUCAUGUUCGGUGCACUCUUUGAAGUAUGGGAAUAUUUCGAGCUUUCGGCUGAUUUGACGGAUGACUGACAGUCUAGUAUUUUACACAAAGAAUGCAAAUUGCUUGUCCAGAGACCCACAGGAAGUUGUAAUGUAAUUUAAGGGAGUUUGACAAGAACGGUGCCUUUUCUAAGUCUUUAGCAACUAUAUGAUGGUUAUGAUCGUAAUCUUUAAAGAGGACAGGGAAUAUUUUCAUACAGAACCACUAACGUCCGUCAAAGGCUAUGCCGACUUUGAUCAUGGAGUUAAAAGACAAAUUGAUACCUCCAUGCUUUGAUUAAUCCCAACGUUUCCCACUGUCCUGACAAGAUUUUAAAAUCAUUAUGUGUUACUCUGGAAUCGUUUGUUGAUUAUAAGAGUGGCAUGUACGACGAUCUAAUAGACGUUCUUCAUUCAUUUAUUCAUAAUACAAAUGUACAUCAAAGGCGUAACUUGCGGGGUUUCCCUUGACGUCAUUUAUGCUAAAUAACAAAAAGGGAAAUCCCAAGCAAGAUGGCGUCCGACUGUACUUCGCGAGUGGGAGUCAGUGGUUGACAUGGUAGUAGUUUUUCGCGGCUUGCCGAGAAACAUGUGGGGUACACUGCUCAUAUCUGUCAUAAUCGUGAGAAAAGACGUACAUCAAAGGGAAAACCAUGUUAAAUUUGGAGCGUCAGACCGCACUAGGCGUCACUUUGCGGUUCCGACGGCGGGAGGAACAUGUCAGCGUCCGGCGGCCGAAAACCGCCGGACGCCGUGCCGGCUAGCAAAAGUCAGUGCAGGCUGUGCAGAGCCAAUCUCAAGAUCCAGGGUACCAGCAAACAGUCCAGAAAUCUGUUCAAGCUCAAGGUGAACAGCCAGGACACGGUGACGCCGGCUGCGAGACUGGAAACAGUACUUGGGAGACCAAUUCGUAAGGACCCUAGCCUCUCAGACAUAAUAUGUCAGUCAUGUUUUCGGGAAAUCCCGAGGAUGGAGAAGUGCCUUUCGACCAUGACCGCGUGGCAGGCUGCUGUGGAAGGAGAGGAUCGGUCUACACCCACACGCGUCAGGAUGCCGGCCGCAGUAUGCAGAACGCCACAACACCGAACGCAGAAAAAGCGCGGAUUGUCCUACACGCCAGGGAAAUCCCCGCUACAUAAACAACUGCGGCCAGCAGACAGCGUCGAGAACAUCCCUCCCAAGAGCCCUCCCCAUCAGAGCGGUGAGACUCUGUGCAACGAGACCAGAGUUGAGGUCCACGUGAAACGCCCUUCAGACAAAAAGCCUAGAGUAUGCGAGCUCAGCGACAAGGAGCUCCCUCUCGUUCGCCAUAUUACUGGAAAGAAAUGGGGUCAGGCCGCAAAAGAUAUCAUGGGGCAUGACGAGUUAGCAGCAGAACUGAAGAAACAGGUGGGAACCACAAUUCUGAAAGAGGGGAAAAGCAUGGCGCCUACCUCCAUCCUGGGGCAGACUAGCUGCGAGGACCUGAAGAAGUUAAGCAUUGCUGAUGUGAAGGAGGAGAUUGAAAGAGAGGCACCGUGGACGGCAGAAACACUUCGUGCCAUCUGCGGCUACAGAAGCGGGGGCCGUGCAGACGUAGCUGUUGUCACUGCAGCAAGCAUCCUCCUCCGCGUCCCGUACCCGACCCUGUCUGCACUUCAGUACAGAAAUAGUUUUGUUUUGCUACAAGCAGGAGCGAAAAAGGUCGGUUUUCAAAGACUGAACAGGCAACAGAUGUGUAUGUCACACAAGAGGACAAUCAUCAAACAACAAGAAGCAGGGAUCUCGCAUGACAAGAAAGUGCUGGAAUGGAAAAGGGACAUAGAACACUUUUUCCAAGCCCAACGCAUACUGGAGACCCUCCAUGAAGUCAGUGCAGAGAGGGAGGCAUUAGAGGAAAAAGCCAUGCUAGACAAAUCUGGUGGCAGCUCCUUCAGCACCAUAAGUUUUGCUGACCUGUCUUCGUACGGGUUCUCUGUGCAACCAUCAACCCCUGGCAGCCCUGGCAACCUUGCAGUCAGCCCUGGCAACCUUGCAGUCAGCCCUGGCAACCUUGCAGUCAGCCCUGGCAACCCUGGCAACCUUGCAGUCAGCCCUGGCAAACCUGGCAACCUUGCAGUCAGCCCUGGCAACCCUGGCAACCUUGCAGUCGGCCCUGGCAACCUUGCAGUCAGCCCUGCCAACACCCUAAGCGUCACCCCUCGCAACACCCACGACGUCAACAUAAGCGGUUUUUGCGACCUCAGAGACAUGGAGUCCUGGGAAGAUUGUGGAGUCGGACUAUUGCAAGUUGAAGAGGAACCUGUGGAUGAGACAACGCUGGCAGACCUUGUCCCAGGAUAUGCCGAAGGUGCCUAUGGCCUAGCUGAAAAAGUCCUGCAGAGCACAUCAUCACCUUGUAUACCUCCAUCCUCAACAUAUUCCACAGCAACAAUACAAAAGGCCAUCUCGUCAAUAUCAACAUACUACCCCCCAUGGUAUCAGCUAAUCUUCGAUAACCUUGACUUCAUAAUAACCGCAAAACAUCAAGGCCACGACGAUAACAACAAAAACUACCACUGGGUACAUCAGGGCUCCUUUCAGGACAGAGUAUCAAGCAACCUGCCCAACAGUGCCCCACAGAAAGCCCUCGCAGACUUUGACCUGGCAGACGUUCUGCCAACAGAAGACAUCCAGCAGGAGCUGAGAAGGAACUACAUCAUUCUGAUAGCUAGGGUCAUGGUGAAGUACAUCCCUGCGUUCCACUCCCUCAAAGAUGUUGCUGUCUGGCACAUACCCCACCAGUAUGAAGAGGAAAUGUCAAAGAAGUCAGAACAGGUGUGGUUGGGGCUACAGUUUAAAAACGAAAACCUCAGCCGUGACAUGGCCGACAUUCUUAAGUAUUUCCAUAAGUACGUGCCGGCCGAGAUGGACGAGGACGGAAGGCUCGUGCGCCUGCUCCUGGUCAUCCUCCUGGGAGGAGACUGGUUGUCCCAAGAACGGGCAGACAGCGUCCAGGGAGCCUUCAGAGAUGGGGACGACCCAUUAGAGCGACUGGAGGGAGUGCUAGGAAAGUUUGAGCUAUGGCAUUCCUUCAAAACCUUAUAUGGGACCCACUACGGCAUCUUCUACAAGCAGGACAGCGCUGCAGACAAGGCCUCCUUGUGCAGUAACAUGAAUGUUACUAGAAGUCUGAACGCCAAGAAGGGCCCACACCUGUCGUACAACCCCUACAAGGAGUUCAACGACCUAGAGACCAACGCCGCCAUCUUGUGUACAUGCAAGGUGGAGUUUGGAUGGGAGAGUUUGGAUGUACCUGAGGAGACGGUCAUUCCCCAGCUUGUCCGGAGCGGUGACAGACACAUCCGGAGGGACUGGCUGCACAAGAAAGCAGCAGAGGUGGUGGACCGCUUCAUCAUGUCUGAAGACAGUGCCACUUUGACUGCCUUGGAGACCAGCGUGAAGAGCGCAGCAGUCAAGCCACAACUCCCCUGCCGUCACCCAGGCUGCCCCAAGGUGUACGUGAGAGCCGGCUGCAGGGUUCAACACGAGAAGGACAAGCACGGCCUGGAAGCAGAUGAGUCCCACACACACCCGACAACCACACAAACCAGUACUUCUACUAGUCAGGACUACGUAUACAACUACAACACAGCUAAUCUUAGCAUGUCACUAUUGAUACGUAACCUCCGAGAUGCAACCAAGGAGGGUGACGGUGAGCGUAUCUCCAACUGCUUUCGGGCCGCUCUGCUCUAUUUCAAAGCCUACGGGCACACAAAGUAUGCUUUUGGCACACUUCUGUUUUUCGCUAGGGUGAAUGCUCUCCUUCCCCCCAGACUGGCUCACAGUCUGGUGUGGAACCGUGUUGUGAACAACAAGGGAGGGAAAGGCAGGAAUAUACCUAUGGACUUGAGGCUAGAGCACAUGAACGCCUUCCUCAAGUCCUUCCUGCGUCACCUUGGCCCAAACUUGAAUGAAAAAAGUGCUACGCGCAUAGCCAGGGCCAUUGGUGUAAUGGAAGAAAUUCUGGAACAAGCAGAUAGGGAUUGGGCAGUAGCCAAACCGUCAGGGUACCACCACAAAAAGGACCCCAGAAAUGACAUAGACAUACUGUACAGGCAGUUUGUCUCAGCUGGAGCCUUUGAGUAUCAGGCAGGCCGACAGUAUGAACACUUCCCACAGUUCGAUAGAAACCUGUGGUCCAAGUUGAAUCCAACAGACUUCGCAAAGUGGAUGAAAAAGAAGUUGAGGCAGUGGCAAAAAAUCUACGAAUAGAAACAGGGACCUUUUCUAGUUUUCUGAUAGCUACUAGUAUGUGCUUUAGAAACAUCUGAAUGAAAAUG